UGGGACGUUGCGCUUUAUGACCCUGCAAAGUUACCGUAUCAGAGCAUUGAGCAACGGUUAGCAGAGGAUUAGCAUAGCAUAGCAUAGCAUAGCAUUACUUUUGGAUUUCCUUUUUCUUUUCCUACACCAGUUAAUUACAUACUGUGCUCUCAAAGCAACCACCACAGAGAACGACAGCACUGUUUCGCCAAUGCAAUUUCAAAUGUGACAUAUUGCUGGUUCGAGAACAUAACCUGCACCAUGGGGAGGAGAUACUACUGUGACUAUUGCGACCGUUCCUUUCAGGACAACAUGCAUAACAGGAAAAAACAUCUGAACGGUGUUCAGCAUCACAGAGCUAAAAAGGCCUGGUAUGACUAUUUUAGAGACUCUUCAGCCAUUCUGUGUGAUGAGCAAUCAAAGAAACCCUGCAGGAAGUUUCUGCAAAAAGGGAUUUGUGAUUUUGGCCCUAACUGCAGGUUUUCUCACAUGUCCGAAGAGGAUCUGUUUAACUUAAAAAGACACGUGGAAGAUGAAAGACAGCUCAGAGAGGACUCAGCCGACAGAAUGAUGCCGGGGCGAAGUACAGAAGAAUGGCUCUCCAGAAGGGAAAAGAGGCGGACUGCCCUCAGUAUCAAAGGAGAUAAAAAAAAUAAGGAGGACAUCGAAGAGUGCCAAGAAGAAAGUGACAUACCUCAACACCUCCUCUCCAUCCCUGACCUUCCACCCUCUCUCAUACCUCCUCCUCCAAGAGGAUGGAAAGUCAAAGUGAACACAGAAUGGGGUUGAAAGACAUUUCCUUUGUGGUUCAAAUCAUUGUUAAGUGGAUAUGCCACAUUGAUGGAAGGAGGAAUGGUACAGAAUACAUAUGAGAUGGUGUCAUUUCAAAGGUUUGAAAUGAGGUUUUCAGUUGAAAAAAUACAUUUGAUAUGUUGUAUAGUAUCGAUCAUGUUUGCCUAAUUUAGAACUAUUAAUUUAAUUCAUUUUACUUGAGAAAAAAAAAGCAAAACAUCUGUAAAGGGUUGAAUGAACAUAAAACACAGUAAAGUAGAUCUGAGAUUACAUGCAGUGCAUUAAAACCCUCAUAACUGACAUUUUGGCAGUUUGUUGUUGAUUGCUCCACUAAUCUGAAGUAGAGUGCCUUUAUCGAGAGACUCCCCUAAGGAGUUACAUUUCAUGUCAUGGCGUCCCGAAUGGAACGGAGGAUUGCUGAGCAGAUGGAAAUAAUUUAAUUUUAAUCCUCUGCUGCGUCACCAGGGGAAUCACUGAUCUGACUGAAUUUUAUUUAUAACCCAGCCAGCUGAAAACACCAUUUUACUUCCUAAAUAGUAAAGAUGGCAAACUAAUGAUCUGGAUUAAGUUGCAUACUAAAUUUUCCCAUAAGUAGAAAGUUUGUUAAAACAUUUUCUUUCUUUUUUAUCAAGGAGCUUCGUGCAGAUCAGAUUUGUCAUUGGCCUUUUUUUUAAAGUUCUGAAUGAAGUUAUUCCUCAACGGGUUAUGCUGAGAUGUAUUAUACCUAAUGCGUUGUUUACAGCAGAAACUGAUUGAUUGUUAUUAACAUUUAGAAAUAGGCUUUGCAAAUGUUGAAUGAGGAAGAAAAUGCACACAUAAGGUGUGUUAGACGUCAAGGAUACACACUGCAUGUUGAUGUGGGAGACACCACCACAGGGUAAAGAAAUGGUUAGGCUAUAAAAAUUCCAAUUUCAAUACAAGUUAGUGAGCUUGUGGCUUUAUUUAUCGCUGGACCCUGGGAAGCAGCACCUCCCUUUUUUCCUCCUUAUCCUCUGCACUUGAUGUUAGGAUCAACUAUGUUGUAAAUGCUCACAGUAAAUGUUGUUUUUAUUUUA